AUUUCAACAAAAAAGAAACUGGCAGUGGACAGCUCGAGAAAAACUUUUUGUAAUCACUUAUCUUAAACAUGUUCCAGGUGCCACUGUUCAUGGAACAGCAGACAAAUUUAAUAUUCAACCGAAACAGAUUCGGGAAUGGCGUAAUAAAGAAGGAGAACUAUUGCUAGCUCAAUCUCAUGUUAAACAUUUAAAUACUGGUGCAUAG